UUACGGAAUCAUGAUUGGUAAAACUAAAUUAGCUAAAUUUGUCCCGAUCUGUCUGUUGAUCAAUCUCUGUUCUCUGCGCCUCCCAAAAAGUCUUUCGCGUCUUUUUCGCGUCUAUAAUAAUGACUUCAAAAGUGAACUUUGUUCAGAUAAAUCAAGAACAAUCUUCCAGCAAUAAUAAUGCUAUUGAUAGUGAAGGCAACGGAAUGUAAGAAAACCAUGGCUACAUUGUUACAAAAUAGUAUUCAAGGAGUGCAAAAUUCUUUUAGUAGUGUUUACACUACACUAGCCGCAAAUUUAAAACAAUCACUUGAAAUGACUCACACCAUGAAUUCGGUGAUGGAACAAUUUUUAUUGUCUAAUCUUCGAAUUAAAACACGGGGAAACUUUAUUCCUAGUUUAUUAACUAUCACCAUUAUUAAUUCUGGUCAAUUUCCUAUACCAAAUAUUUCAUGUAGCAUAACUUUUGUAAAGAAAGACCAUAAUGAGCCAGUAAAUAUAGGUGUAGAAUGUAAAGAAUCUAUAAAACGUGGAAUUACGGAUCCCGAUUCCGAAACAACUUCAAUAUCUUCAAUAUUUGUACCAAAAACUUCUACUACGACUUCGAUCUUUACAUUAUCCCCGCAAACACAAAUUAUUGAAAAGUUGAAAUUGGCUCCAUCCGAAUUCUGUCAAUAUAAUGCAAAAGUCAAUGUGAGAUUUGCAAGUCCUGGGACUGGAGAAUUAUUACAAAAGGAACACUCUUUCGGUUUAUAUCUUAUUGAUCAGUCAUGUUAUCGUCGAAUUAUCUCCUUAUCUUUUACGUCAAUUAUGGAAUGUCCAUCCAAGUAGUGGAUUGUCAGAAGCGAUGACAUUUGAAAUUAGUUGGAAGCAAUAAAUUUAGAGACCUGUAAACCUGCCAAAAAAAAAUUUUUUUAAAUAAAGUUAAAUGUGUUAUGAUCGGCUAUGUUAUGACGUCAUAUUCACCAUAUUUAAAUGGUCUACUAAUAGUACCAGAAUUUUUCAAU